GCUGAAGCUGUUGUUUCCGAGUUUACGUGAAGAUGGUAUGUUGAAACCGUGCUGCAUUCGCGUGACGUGGUUCAUUUCCGGGGCAAAAACAGAUUCGUGGAUUUUAAAACUCCACCUGCGGAGGAUGACCUCGAUAACUGGUUGGCUGCUGCUUCUGUUCAUCCCUACAGUGGUGUGGUCAGUUCCCAUCGAUCGUAAUGGAGGCGAGCCCAAACAGGAAGUGCAGGAGGAGAACAUGGACACGGGUCUGUAUUACGACCGGUACCUGAGAGAGGUGAUAGACGUCUUAGAGACCGACCCUCACUUCAGAGAGAAACUGCAGACGGCAAACACAGAGGACAUCAAGAACGGGCGUCUCAGUAAGGAGCUGGACUUGGUUGGUCAUCACGUCAGGACCCGACUGGAUGAGCUGAAGAGGCAGGAAGUUUCUCGCCUCAGGAUGCUGCUGAGGGCCAAACUGGACAGCACCAACACCCAGAGUCUUCAGAUGGACCACGCCUCUUUGCUGAAGCAGUUCGAACACCUGGAUCCACAUAACCAAAACACCUUCGAGGCCAAAGACCUGGAGCUGCUCAUCUCAACCGCCACCAAGGACUUGGAGAACUACGAUGUAGAGAGGCACGAGGAGUUCAAACGCUACGAGAUGCUGAAGGAGCACGAGAGGAGGGAGUACCUAAAGGGCCUGGAUCAGGAGAAGAGGGAGAAGGAGGAAAAAAGGAUACAGGAGCUGAAGGAGAAACAUCGCAAGCAUCCUAAAGUCAACGCUCCGGGAAGUGUUGCUCAGCUGAGGGAGGUUUGGGAAGAGACGGACGGAUUAGACCCUCAGGAGUUCAACCCUAAAACGUUCUUCAAACUUCAUGAUACUAAUGAAGACGGAGUUUUAGACGAGCAGGAAUUAGAGGCUCUCUUCACCAAAGAGCUGGAGAAGGUCUACGAUCCAAAGAACGAAGAGGAUGACAUGAUGGAGAUGGAGGAAGAAAGGCUGAGGAUGAGGGAGCAUGUCAUGAAAAAUGUGGACAUAAACAAAGAUCGGCUCGUCAGCCUGGAGGAGUUCCUCAGAUCCACAGAGAAGAAGGAGUUUAAUAACCCUAAAGAAUGGGAGACGCUGGAUGCUAAGCCGUUGUACACGGAGGAAGAGCUCCAGCGAUUUGAAGCCGAGCUCAGAGACAGAGAGGAGGAGCUGAAGAGGAAAGCAGAGACUCUUCGUCAGGAGCAGGAACUGCUGAGGGAAAGAGGCAAAGCCCUGGAGGCGCAGAAACGAGAGUAUCAGCAGGCAGUUCUAGAAAUGUCUCAAAGGCAAAAAGAACAGCAGGCAGCUGGAAAUGGCCAGGCCCCUGCUGGUCCAAACGGAGAGCUCCAGUUUCACCCACAAACACAGAAACCCGAAGAGGUCAAAGUUCCUGUGGAAGGCCAAAACAAUCUGCCAGCAGAACCUCCUCAGAACCUCCCCUCACACACUUAAAAACUUCAGCCACAGACAGCCGGCCGCACGGCACAUACACACAUGGAGGCACAUGAGUUUGAGUGAAUUAGUUACAUGUUUAUAAAUGAAGAUGAACCAGAUCAUUGAACAUGACAUGUUGUGCUGUGUGUUCAUCUCUGUGGUCUAUAUUAGAUUAAGGAUUUAAAACACACCAGUUUUAGUGCAUGUAUGUUUGAGUAUCUUCAGUUUCAGUGAAGUUUUAAUCAUACUAUGUUGUUUGUGUGAUAUCAGGAAUAAAUCUUUAAUUUAAAACCUCUGAAAAUAGACUUAUUCAAGGAACUUGUUCUGCAGACAUGAAAAUAUAAUCUGCCUCGUCUGCUUUCUACAUUUCACACCAUUGGUUUGAUAUUAGAGGUGUAAGCGUCAGUUCAGAAGAGGGGUUUAUUUGUUGCUUUCUUUUACAAAUAAACAUCUAACAUUGUUUUUUUUUAUAUAUACUCUGAUAGCCCUAAAGAAAAUCUGCUCCAACAAACUGAUUUAAAAAUAUCAGCAAAUUAGUGAACAGUUUCCAAAUGUGUGUAACUUAAUCUCAGUAUAAAUCAAGCUGUUCUAUGGAGGUUCCUCAGGUUUGUUAGGGAACAUGAAUGAUCAAACAGCAGCAUGUUGAGCCAGGAAGGCGGCAGGGAGAAUGUUGAGAUGUUUAAAGCAGGAGAAAGUUAGAAAACCUGCUCGGAUCAUCUCAGCCUCUGUUCAGUCUGACAUUUAAGGAAGAAUGUGGACACAACAGUUAAUCUAACAAGACACGGCAAGAAGAGCGUCGGUCAGGGAGGUCGCUUGGUAAACAGCUCAGGUGGGAUAAUCGCUUGACAGAACUAUACUAAAAAAUCUUAUAUGUAUGGAAAAUUGUCACACAGAUAUCAUUUUAAGACAGUCAUAAGAAGUCCAGUUUACUACUUGGAGAUGGAAUGGACUCAAUAAAUCGUACUGGACAGGAGGUUCAGCUUCUACUAUGACACAAACACUUAAUAUAAAGCUAUAAAAACACUAAAAUAAACAAUAUCAAAUUUUAUUCAUGUUUGAGCUGGUGUAGGCAAUGUCAGAAUUAAGCAGUCCCUCAGCA